ACACUACUUGUAAACGCAAAGAAACUGUGUACUUCAAAUUUAGCUGUAAUGAUUUUGCAUAAAAUUUAAACGGAAUAUAAUAACUUGUAUUUGUAAUUAAUGAAUACAAUUAGAAAGGAGUGAGAAAGGAAACACUUCAGUGAAUAUUUUACUCUUAUGUUUAUAUAUAUAUUCGUUUUGUUAUGGAAAGAUUAAAUGCUUUCAAUAUCACAAUAGUUAACAAGAGGAGCGGAUAUAUGAAACGUUUCAUAACUCUGGUUCCUUAAGAAAACAGUUGUCUAAUUAGACAUCUUGACGUUCGGCAAAACUUUUAAAGUAUAAGUAAUACGUCUGUGUAAUGUAAGCAUGUGAAUAACAUAGAGUAUUUAAUCCGUCUGUUCUUCUGAUAUCAUAGUAUACUGUACGGCUACUGUUAUAAAGAUACAUAAGCCGUUCUAUUUGUACAGCAAACAAUUUAAUGGAACAAAAUUAAGCUAGUCAAACAAGUUAGCAGAACACGAUUCUUUACGCAAUGUAACCUUUACAUUCAUUGUGCUUUCUUUCAAUUUGUGGUGGUACAGUAACGUAAACUUAUUGUAUGUAUAUUCAUAAAGUAAAGGAAUAAUUUAAAUAUUAAUUUCUGAUAUGCCGUUCCUCAAAGAUCCAAAACCUGCAGCUGAGGAAAAACUUCAAAAGCACAGUCAUAAGGAUGUAAAUAUUCUUAUUCUAGGAAUACAAGGUGUCGGAAAGUCAGCUCUUACUGUUCGAUAUUUAACUAAAAGAUUUAUUGGUGACUAUGAAACUGAACAUGAAUCACUUUGUUCUCAUGUGAUAAUGAUUGAUGGUAAAGCCUUGAGUGUUCACAUACUUGACACUGCAUGGAAGCACCCCAGUGAUCCUUUUGGCCAGAGAUUCCCUUCGGGAUUGAAUGAUAAUUUGAUGUUUGUACUAUUGUUUGACGUAAAAUGAACGUUUUUGAACGUAAAUUUGAAUUGUUGUUAAAAACAAUAAUGAACAGUUUUGUUUUGUGGAAUCAUGACAUAUUUUGCAAUUUUUAUUUGCUGUUUGAUACGUAUGAAUUCUUAAGAUCGACAAGUCUAAAUACAACUCAAAUUUGACUUCAAAGUUCAAAAGUUCAACACACAUUAAAACUGAUUAUGGUUUAUCGCAAAUUGUCAUUGUCAUCUGGGGUUAUAUAUAGUUAAUCAGCUACAAUGAGUUUGAAAUAAUGGAAAACUUAUAUGACAGUGUAUUCAUUUUCUUUUAAAGGACGGGGCAUGCAUGAAAGACGAAUAUCUUCUCUGGGCAGAUGGUUUAAUUUUAGUGUAUUCAAUGGUUGACAAAUCAAGUUUUGAUAAAUUACAUGUAAUAAUGGAGUGGAUAUUAGCCAAAAAAGGAGAAGAAAAGGUUAUUGCCGUCAUUGGAAAUAAAAGCGAUCUUAUUCACCGGAAACAAGUAUCUGACACAGAAGCAACCCAAUUUUGUGCCGAAUACAAUUGUUUGUCUUUUGACACAUCUGCAAGUGACAGUUAUACAGACGUAGCACAUGCGUUCAAUACAAUUAUCCGGGAGAUUAAGAUAAACAAUAAAAAGAAAGAAAAACUUAAUAAACUACUGCAUAAUCCCAGUGUUUUAGCUAAGUUACAAAUCAGACAAUCUUUGAAGAAUUUGGCUGAGAUGAAAUGGCGGAGUCGGACUUCCACAAUGUAGAAUUGGUGUAUUUUACUUAUUACUUCUUUUAUAUUUACUCUUCAAAUAAAAAGCUUGAAAUUUA